AUGCUAGAACCUGGUGUUGGGGUCAGAACCUGGUGUUGGGGUCAGAACCUGGAGUUGGGGUCAGAACCUGGAGUUGGGGUCAGAACCUGCAGGUGUUGGGGUCAGAACCUGGAGUUGGGGUCAGAACCUGCAGGUGUUGGGGUCAGAACCUGGUGUUGGGGUCAGAACCUGGAGUUGGGGUCAGAACCUGCAGGUGUUGGGGUCAGAACCUGGUGUUGGGGUCAGAACCUGCAGGUGUUGGGGUCAGAACCUGGUGUUGGGGUCAGAACCUGGAGUUGGGGUCAGAACCUGGAGUUGGGGUCAGAACCUGCAGGUGUUGGGGUCAGAACCUGGUGUUGGGGUCAGAACCUGCAGGUGUUGGGGUCAGAACCUGGUGUUGGGGUCAGAACCUGGAGUUGGGGUCAGAACCUGGAGUUGGGGUCAGAACCUGCAGGUGUUGGGGUCAGAACCUGGUGUUGGGGUCAGAACCUGCAGGUGUUGGGGUCAGAACCUGGUGUUGGGGGUUAG